AUGACAGACGCGCACACCGAGCUGCUCAAGUGUGCGCUGCAGCUGGCGAAAUGCAGUGAUAAGCUCCGCGCGACGGACGCGAUGCUUGACAAGUGUGUGAGUCGUAUGCAGACCGCCCUACCAGCAUCUGGAAUGCCGCGUCUGACGUCCAAGCUGGCCGUGGUGCCGGCUAACCCAGCGAAAGAGGCACAAACACUGGAGGAAAAGUUCCAGGAGGUCUUUGAUCAAGGAACGGAGGUCACAGAGCGACUGGAGAUCACCAAAUCGAGGCUGGAGAAGGAGCUACGGCGGCGCUCGGAGAACACUUGA